AUGAGAAAUUCAAUUCUCGUUAAAAGAAAUAUCAAAAAGAAACGUAAAGAAUUUUUAGAAGAUGAAAAAGUUUUAGUUGGUAAUAAAAUUAGUGAAGGUCAUGAAAAUUUUGUAAUGGCUUAUAAUAUGUUAACCGGUAUUAGAGUUGCUGUAAGUCGUUGCUCCGGUAUAAUGAAAAAAUUAAAUGAUGAAGAUUUUAAAUCAACUAAAAAAUUAUCUUUUAAUAUGGAUGGGAGUGAAUUAACUCCAAGUUCAAAAUAUGAUUUUAAAUUUAAAGAUUACUGUCCCGAAGUUUUUAGAGAAUUAAGAAAUAUGUUUGGUUUAGAUCCUGCUGAUUAUCUUGUUUCAAUCACUGGUAAAUAUAUUUUAUCCGAAUUAGGUUCUCCUGGUAAAAGUGGAUCAUUUUUCUAUUAUUCAAGAGACUAUCGUUUUAUCAUUAAAACUAUUCAUCAUUCUGAACAUAAACAGUUAAGGAGAAUCUUAAAAGAUUAUUAUAAUCAUGUUAAAGAAAAUCCAAAUACUCUUAUAUCUCAAUUUUAUGGCUUACAUCGAGUUAAAAUGCCAUUUUUAACUGGUAGUAAAAAAAUUCAUUUUAUUGUCAUGAAUAAUUUAUUUCCUCCUCAUCGUGAUAUUCAUUUAAAAUAUGAUUUGAAAGGUUCUACCUGGGGUCGUACUACCAAAAUUAAUUCGAAUAAGGAAGAUUUAUCUAGUUUAACUUUAAAAGAUUUAAAUUUUUUGGAAAGAAAUGAUUCAAUUAAAUUUGGUCCAAAUAAAAAAAGUUUAUUUUUCAAACAAUUAGAAUCCGAUGUUAAAUUAUUAAAAAAAAUUAAUGUAAUGGAUUAUUCUUUAUUAUUAGGUAUUCAUGACGUUAAAAAGGGUAACAAUUCAAAUUUUGAAAAAUUAUCUGUUUUUGAUCCAAAAUCUUCCGAUAAAUUUGAAUUGAUUAAAACUAAUCCCAGAGAUAUUGAUCGUGAAAAUGAUUUACCAACUAAUGUUUAUCCUGGUAGAUCAAAAUAUGUUUUUUAUGGUCAUGAUGGUGGUAUAAGAUCAACUAAUGAGUUAAAUGAACCUUUAAAUGAAAUUUAUUAUUUAGGUAUUAUAGAUUGUUUAACUAAUUAUUCAACAAAGAAAAAAUUAGAAACUUUUUGGAGAUCUUUAGGCCAUCAAAGAUCAACCAUUUCUGCAUUACCAGCAAAUGAAUACGGUGAUAGAUUUUUAAAAUUUAUUAAAGAUGGUACCUCCAAAGUCAAACAAAAAAUUAAUUAA